AGCUAUUUUUUCUCAAGGGCUGCAGCCCCUCCCAAGAAGGGAACUGGCGGCAGAUCUUCCACUGAGGAAGCAGACACAUUCUGCUCUGCAGGUCCCACGGAGUGUGAAGUGCAUUUCAGAGGAACGAGGAGAGGAAAAGCCAGAGAGAGAGGAGGGGGGAGAGAGAGAGAGAGAGAGAGAGAGAGAGAGAGAGAGAGAGAGAGAGAGAGAGAGAGAGAGAGAGAGGGAGAGGGGAUCUGUUGCAGGCAGGGGAAGGCGUGACCUGAAUGGAGAAUGCCAGCCAAUUCCAGAGACACACAGGGACCUCAGAACAAAGAUAAGGCAUCGCUGACACCACGCCCCAGGACGAGCUCACAGACCAGCCGGGCAGGGAGGACCCAGGCCGGGCGGCCAGGAGCACGCACGGCAGGAAAAUGAGGUGGCUCCUUCUCUGCCUCUUCCUGUUGAAGGCUUCAGCCCACACAGUGGAACUAAAUAAUAUGUUUGGCCAGAUCCAGUCACCUGGCUAUCCAGACUCCUAUCCGAGUGACUCAGAGGUAACUUGGAAUAUCACUGUCCCAGAGGGUUUUCGGAUCAAGCUUUACUUCAUGCACUUCAACUUGGAAUCCUCCUACCUUUGUGAAUAUGACUAUGUGAAGGUAGAAACAGAAGACCAGGUGCUGGCAACCUUCUGUGGCAGGGAGGCCACAGACACAGAGCAGACCCCUGGCCAGGAAGUGGUUCUCUCCCCUGGUUCCUUCAUGUCCGUUACUUUCCGGUCAGAUUUCUCCAAUGAGGAGCGGUUCACGGGCUUUGAUGCCCACUACAUGGCUGUGGAUGUGGAUGAGUGUAAGGAGAGGGAGGACGAGGAGCUGUCCUGCGACCACUACUGUCAUAACUACAUCGGCAGCUACUACUGCUCCUGCCGCUUUGGCUACAUCCUCCACACCGACAACAGGACCUGCCGAGUCGAAUGCAGUGACAACCUCUUCACCCAGAGGACCGGAGUGAUCACCAGCCCUGACUACCCCAACCCUUACCCCAAGAGCUCUGAAUGCUUCUAUACCAUUGAUCUGGAGGAGGGCUUCAUGGUCAGCCUGCAGUUUGAAGACAUUUUCGACAUUGAGGAUCAUCCUGAAGUGCCCUGUCCCUAUGACUAUAUCAAGAUUGAAGCCGGUACAAAAGUGUGGGGGCCCUUCUGUGGAGAGAAAGCCCCAGAACCCAUCAAUACCCAGAGUCACAAUGUCCAGAUCCUGUUCCGCAGUGACAACUCGGGAGAGAACCGGGGCUGGAGGCUCUUAUAUGGGGCUGCAGGAAACGAGUGCCCGAAGCUACAGCCUCCUGAGCAUGGGAAGAUCGAGCCUCUACAAGACACGUACUCCUUCAAAGAUCAAGUGCUUGUCAGCUGUGACAUAGGCUACAAAGUGUUCAAGGAUAAUGUGGUGAUGGACACAUUCCAGAUUGAGUGUCUGAAGGACGGGACAUGGAGCAACAAGAUUCCCUCUUGUGAAAUUGUAGACUGUGGAUCCCCAGAAGGCUUGAAGCAUGGGCUCGUCACCUUCUCCACAAGGAACAACCUCACCACCUACAAAUCUGAGAUCAGAUACUCCUGCCAACAUCCCUAUUACAAGAUGCUUCACAAUACCACAGGUAUAUAUACCUGUUCUGCUCAUGGGGCCUGGAUAAAUGAAGUGCUGGAGAGAAGCCUGCCCACCUGCCUUCCAGUGUGCGGACAGCCCUCCCGCUCCCUGCCAAGCCUGGUGAAACGGAUUAUCGGAGGCCGGAACGCUGAGUUGGGCCUUUUCCCGUGGCAAGCCCUGAUCGUGGUGGAGGACACAUCACGGGUGCCAAAUGACAAGUGGUUUGGGAGCGGGGCCCUGCUGUCUGAAUACUGGAUACUCACAGCAGCCCACGUGCUGCGCUCGCAGCGCAGAGACAAUACGGUAAUACCUGUUUCCAAGGAGCAUGUCACCGUCUACCUGGGCCUGCAUGAUGUGCGGGACAAGUCAGGAGCUAUCAACAGCUCAGCUGCGCGCGUGGUGCUCCAUCCACACUUCAACAUCCAGAACUACAACCACGACAUAGCUCUGGUACAGCUGCGGGACCCGGUGCCCCUGGGACCCCACAUUAUGCCAAUCUGCCUGCCCAGACCUGAGCCCGAAGGUCCAGCCCCCCAUGUGUUAGGCCUGGUGGCUGGCUGGGGCAUUUCCAAUCCUAAUGUGACAGUGGACGAGAUCAUCAGCAGUGGCACACGAACCUUGUCGGAUGUCCUUCAGUAUGUGAAAUUACCUGUGGUGCCCCACGCCGAGUGCAAAACCAGCUACGAGUCCCGCUCGGGCAACUACAGCGUCACAGAGAACAUGUUCUGCGCGGGCUACUAUGAAGGCGGCAAGGACACGUGCCUGGGAGACAGCGGGGGAGCCUUUGUCACACUUGAUGAGUUGAGCCAGCACUGGGUGGCCCAGGGUCUGGUGUCCUGGGGGGGACCUGAAGAAUGCGGCAGCAAACAGGUGUAUGGCGUCUACACAAAAGUCUCCAACUAUGUAGACUGGGUAUGGCAGGAGAUGAACUCCCCACGGGGAGUGAGAGAGCUCCAGGUGGAGCGGUGAGCUGACUUACUCCCCCGGGGCCUGCCUACCGUGCCCCAGCUCAAGUGAAGCUACGCCACCCACUUCCAAUAGCACACUCCAUGUCACUUACCACACCAAAGAGGCCAAAACACACUGACCUAGCUGGGCAUUUGUCCUCCUGAGACAGUCCAGGACCUUGGGGAUCAUUAGCAAGGAAGAGGGGAAAGGGUCUAGGCCUGGGCUCAAGGUCUCCUCCAGUUCCUUCCUCUCCUGGCCUCACCUCUCCAGCAAUACAAAGUGGAAGCUGAACCAGUUUGCCUCUGGGCCAAGCCGGCACUCCUCUCCAAGGCAAGCUUUAUUCACUCCUAGUCAGCUACCAACCCCACUGGGUCCAGGAUUGAUACAGGAAAACUUGGACCUGAAUGUUAGGAAAUGACCCUUCAAGCUCUGUAUCCGUGUACUUGCCUGCCUUUGGCCUCUGCACUCCUGCCAAAUCUAGUCCCUCCUCCAGCAGAGAACCAUUCAGGUUUGAGGGACCAAGACGAAGGCGGGGAGGAUCCUUUCUCAUAGUGUAGCACUUGGAGCACUUUGGUUCCUGGAGUUGCUCCUUGUAGCUUCUUGCAGUGCCAGUAUUAACCCUAGUGUUCCCAAUGAAAGGAGUUCCAAAAGACUAAAAGAAGGGAUAGGAGGGUGAGGGGAGCAGAACAGCAAUGGGAGACUCCCCAAGCCUCUGAAACUUCUACUGUCUACCCAGAACACAUCCUGUGGAUCCAUAUUGUCACUCUCAAAUACCAGAUGACACCACAAGUUGUCAACACCUGCUGCUCCAGACAAGCACAAAGUGACCUUGCAGCAUAGGAGAUGUAUCAUGUAAAGACUACUUCAUUCCCCAGCCUCUCACAUGGAAACUUGGCCCCUAAUUGUGGUGGGAGGGGAGAAGACCAGCAGUAUGCCCCCUCUGUGCUUCUGAUCAGGAAAAUAGACAAAAGGUCAUUAGGAAUCACUCCAAUCUACCAAAGCACCCUCCACCCUGGGGCUCGCGCUCAGCAGAGAGCCACCCACCCAGCAGCAUAUUCCAAAGGAUCCACUUCCACAUUCCAGGGGCCAAGGUCAAGGGAAGCAAAGCUUCAUUCAUAGAUAAGCAGUGAAAAGAGAUGGAUAACUUGAGGCCUGCGGUCUACCCCUGGCUCUCUCCUCAGAUGGUUAUUUGAUAAAUCACUUUGUCCUCUGAGCCUCAUCUGUUACAGGGAACUUACAAGAUCCCCUUUGAGGUCUGUCCAGCUCUCUCAUUCAGCACUCCCUGAAAGGCAUUGGCCGCCUCUCCCUGGAUCUCCAAGCUGAAUUGUCCUUAUCCCCAGAGCUCUCUCCUGUGGAUCUCCUCAGACAAAGGUAGCUGGUGAAGCCCCUGAAAGGAUUCUGGGAAGUGGCCACUUUUCCCAUUGUUCCAUCAAAACACACUCCUAUAUCUAUGAAGGAUGCAUGUAGAGGAUGCUAUAUUUUGUAUAUUUACUAUCAAAGGCUUUAUGACUCUGUAAGGAGCCUCUGCAUUCUGUUCCUCCUGUCAGGGGUUUAAAGCAGAAAUAAAUUCUCUAUAGACAACCAAAA